AUGGCAUUUGCUGUGAAUGAAAUCAAUGAAAACCUCCAGCUCUUACCAAAUGUCACCUUGGGCCUCCAUGUGCGUAACAACUACUUCAACAACAGAGAAACUUAUCGUGCCACAAUACAACUUCUCUCUACAAAGAACAGAUUCCUCCCCAACUACAAGUGCGAUUCCCAGAACAAUCUGAUCGGCGUCGUUGGAGGACUGGAAGCUGAGACUUCCUUCUACAUAGCAACUCUGCUGGCCAUCUACAAGAUUCCACAGACACAGCCACUUUCUGUCUGCAGUGAAAGUUGCCACCUGGGUCACAGGAAGAAAAUGAAGGAAGGGGAGCCAUUCUGCUGCUAUGACUGUAUUCCGUGUCCAGAAGGGAAGAUUUCUAAUAAGCAAGACAUGGAUGACUGCAUCACUUGCAGAGAAGAUCGCUAUGCAAACAAGGGACAAGACCAAUGCAUUCCCAAAGACACCACUUUCUUGUCUUAUGAUGAGCCAUUGGGAAUCACUUUUGUUACUUUUGUGCUUUUUAUGUCUCUCACCACUGUUUGGGUGCUUGGAGUCUUUAUCAAGCACCACAGCACUCCCAUAGUCAGAGCCAACAACAGGGACCUCACUUACAGUCUCCUUAUCUGUCUCCUCCUUUGCUUCCUUUCUGCUUUGCUAUUCAUUGGGCAGCCAGCACGUGUGUCCUGUCUCCUCCAACAAAGCAUUUUUGGCAUGGUCUUCUCAGCUGCCAUUUCUUGCGUGCUGGCAAAAACAAUCACGGUGGUUCUGGCUUUCUUAAGCAUCCAGCCCGGAAGCAGCAUGAGAAAGUGGGUGGGGAAAAGAGUGGGCAAUGCUAUUGUGAUUUCCUGCUCCCUUUUCCAGGCAGCCAUUUGUUGUGUGUGGCUGGCAACUUCUCCCCCAUUUCCAGAUGCCAACAUGCACACACAGACUGAAACUAUUGUCCUGGAAUGCAAUGUGGGGUCUGUCACUAUGUUCUACUGUGUCCUGAGCUACAUGGGCUUCCUGGCCCUUGUUAGCUUUGUGGUGGCUUUCCUUGCCAGGAAGUUACCUGACAGUUUCAAUGAAGCCAAAUUCAUCACUUUCAGUCUAUUGGUCUUUUGCAGUGUCUGGGUGUCCUUUGUUCCAACAUACCUGAGCACCAAGGGAAAAUUCAUGGUGGCCGUGGAGAUCUUCUCCAUCUUAGCUUCCAGUAUUGGGCUGCUGGGUUGCAUCUUUGUCCCUAAAUGUUACAUUAUUAUUCUGAGGCCUGAGCUGAACAACAGGGACCAGUUGAUAAGAAGAAAAGGGCAAUAA